CUCUCCAACACUUGGCUCGGGCGGGAGGCGGAGAAGGGGCGGCCCUUGGCCGGGAGCCGGGCAGCCAGGCGGGCCAACCCUUUCUGAGUAGAGAUCCCGGGCACAGGCACAUGGCGGGCGACAGCGAGCAGCGGCUGCAAAGCCAGGGCCAGGGCGACGGGAGCCAGGGCCAGAGCGGCGAGCCUUUCCUCAUCGGCGUCAGCGGCGGCACAGCCAGCGGCAAGUCCUCUGUCUGUGCCAAAAUUGUUCAGCUGCUGGGCCAGAAUGAAGUAGACCAUCACCACAAGCAGGUUGUGAUUCUGAGUCAAGACAGCUUCUAUCGGGUACUCACCACUGAGCAGAAAGCCAAAGCCCUCAAGGGCCAAUUCAACUUUGACCACCCAGAUGCCUUUGACAAUGAGCUGAUCGUCAAAACACUCAAGGAGAUCAUGGAGGGAAAGACUGUUCAGAUACCUGUUUAUGACUUUGUGUCCCAUUCUCGCAAAGAAGAGACUGUAAGUGUCUAUCCUGCUGAUGUGGUUCUGUUUGAAGGUAUCCUAGCUUUCUAUAGCCAGGAAGUUCGGGACCUUUUCCAGAUGAAGCUCUUUGUGGAUACCGAUGCAGACACCCGGCUCUCUCGAAGAGUUCUUCGAGACAUCAGUGAACGCGGCAGGGACCUAGAGCAGGUCUUAUCUCAGUAUAUUACAUUUGUCAAGCCAGCCUUUGAAGAAUUUUGCUUGCCUACCAAGAAAUAUGCUGAUGUGAUUAUCCCAAGAGGAGUGGAUAACCUUGUGGCCAUCAACCUGAUUGUGCAACACAUCCAGGACAUCCUGAAUGGAGGCCUUGGCAAGCGACAGCCCAAUGGGUGCCUGAAUGGCUACACUCCUCUCCGCCAGCGACAGCCCUCAGAACCAAGCAGUCGGCCGCAUUGACCUUGAUGAUGCCAGGAGGUCCUGCACUGCUGCUCCUCUUGGCCUUUGCCCUGUAUUUAAGACCUUCCCCCUCCUGCCGGGAUUGAGUGCUUGUCUGCUGCGGAGAUUAGUGAAACCCUACUGAAAGAGGAUCUUCGCUCCCCUGGCCAGAUAUUGCCUGCCUGCAGUGCCUUUGCUCCAGAGUCCACUAGAAAGGGCUAAAUCCCUUCAGUAAGAUGUAGUGUGCAACGGCAAGAUGAUGCCUCAGUCUUGCUGGUGAGACCAUGCAAUUAUGAAGAGUUACACAAUGCAUGCAACAGAACUGGGUGGCCAAAAGAUUAUGUCAUUAGCUAAAUGUUAUACUUGAACCUCAAAUUUGUAUUAUAAAUAAGAAAGGAAAGAAUGCUGGUAGAGAGUGUUGUUAUUUUCAUUUCUCAGCAAUAUGUAUCAUAUCCAGUCUGUUUUGGUGGGUUUGUAGAAGAGACCGGAGAUGGUAAGAAGAAGACCAAAGGUUCCAUCCAGUCUUCUGCGAUCUCACUACCCAAACAGGCAAUGCUACUUUUACCCCAUCUCAACUCCCACACCAACACUGCUAAAAUGCCAGAAUUUAAAUACUUAUUUUUCAGCUUGUUAGCUAAUCUUGACAUGUGAAGCUAAACUGUUUCGAUUUUUCCUUGGUCUUCAGCCUCACUUGGGCCCCACAGCUGUAUAAAAUCCACAUUGAACUGAAUUAUAUGGCAGUGUGGACUCAGAUAAUCCAGUUCAAAGCAAGUACAGUAGAGUCUCACUUAUCCAACAUAAGUGGGCCGUCAGAACGUUGGAUAAGCGAAUGCGUUGGAUAAUGAGAGAUUAAGGAGAAACCUAUUAAAGAUCAAAUUAAGUUAUGAUUUUACAAAUUAAGCACCAAAACAUCAUGUUAUACAACAAAUUUGACAGAAAAAGUAGUUCAGUACGCAGUAAUGCUAUGUAGUAAUUACUGUAUUUAUGAAUUUAGCACCAAAAUAAUCACGAUUUAUUAAAAACAUUCACUACAAAAAUACGUUGGAUAAUCCGGAACGUUGGAUAAGCGAAUGUUGGAUAAGUGAGACUCUACUGUAUUGUGGAUUAUCUGCCUUGAUAUUCUGAGUUACAUAGCUGUGUGGAAGGGGCCAUGAUGUUUUGUGCUAUAUCACAUGCUUGCUUUCCCAAGUGCCCACAAACCAACCUGGGUACUGGCAUUCUAUUUAUGCCCUUCAACCACGAUAGUGCUGGUUCUGUUCAAGUGAUGUGAACCAUGAAUGUUUACUUUUCAUCUCAGCCAUGCAGCGGAAUAGUUAGGCUUAUAUCAUCCUGGAUGUUAGGGCUAAUGCCACAAAGCAUGGGGAUUUACAUGAAGGGUCCAUGAUAUAAAGCAGGUCUGCAUGAUGUUUUGGACUUCAGCUCCCAGAAUUCAUGACCAUUGAACAAGCUGGUUAGGGCAUCUGGGAGAUGGAGGCCUAAACACUUGGAAGGUCACCAUUUGUGUAGGCCUGAUAUAAAGCCAAGCACAAGGAAGUGCACCAUUUGGGUGGGAGGCAGGAGGGCUUGUAUGAUACAAAAUGGACUAUCCUCAGUGUACUUUCUCAGUGACACACAUGUUUCUUUAAGGCCCCUUCUACACUGUCCUAUUAUCUUAGGAUUUGAUCCCAGAUUAUUUGCUUAUCUCAUAUUAUUUGGCAGUGGAGACUCAUAUAAUCCAAUUCGAAGCAAACAGCAGAUCCUGGGAUAAAGAACAGUUUAGAAGGGGCCUAAGGCAUCAUUCCACUCUGUUUUACAAACUGCAAUUUCAGCUGAAGUGAGGUUAUUGACCAAAGUCUUAUUUUCCUUCAUUUUGGUUCCUAGCUGGCUGUAAAAAGAGAGCAGAGAGUGAAUGCACCCUCCCCUCUGCCCUGUACAUCUCUUCCUCUUCCCCAUUGCAUAAAGUCCAGUAUUUAGUGUUCUUUCAACCACGUGGAAAAAGGAGUUUUCCAAAACUUACUUCUUGCCUGCAAAUUGAGGAAACAUGUUUCCAGGGAGGUUUGGAUGGAUCCCUUGUAGGGUGUGGAGUCUUUGUGCACUACCAGUUAUGAUUUGGAUGUGAUAUACUUCCCUUGAACCUUAAUAAAGCUGACUUUCUGAAAUA